AUGAGUAUCAUUGAACUUUUAGUGGAGACGAAUCGUGAAAAAUAUGAACUGUCUAUUAUGCAUCCUCUAACGAAUGAACUCUGCUUAGGCACAUUACCUGAUCACAAGCUUUUUACGUAUUUGACUCAAGACUUGAAAUAUUUCAAAUUGGGAAUGAAUCUAUUUGGUAAAACGCUUUCUCUCUGUGACAACGGAGAAUCUGCUAUAAUUUUAGCUAAGCAGAUUGGGUUUUUAGCUAGUUCUGAAAAUUCCUACUUUGAAAAUUGUUUGUCUGAGAUAAGAGAAACCAGCAAACAAGAGUUGGAGAAAUACUGUUCUGCAAUGCUACUUGGUAACGAUUCUCCUACUUUUCCUUCAGUCCAGCGUUAUCUAGAUUAUAUGAGAUACCUAAUUCACGAAUGCUCGUCUUAUGUGCAAUUGAUCACUACCUUGUGUGUGAUGGAGUUUGUAUAUCUAGGAUGGGCUGAAUAUAAUCUACUGAAAGGUACCGUAGUCCCUGACUUAUCGUAUAAAUAUAAAGAAUGGGUUUCUCUUCAUAGUGGCUGCGAUUUCUCGAUUUGGGUAUCCUUUUUGAAACAGGAAGUAGACAGGGUUGUCAUAACUGAGAGUGACAGGACCGAAUGCGAAAAAACCUUCACAAGAGUGUUAGACUUAGAGAUUGAGUUCUUCGAUUCUUGUUAUGAUGGUUAUGACUAG